UGUGUGUGUCAGGAUGGGGUGUCAUCCACUGCUGACGGCUCGGAGCUGAAGGCCAGUAAAGUGCAGCAGCUCCGGCAGGUGUUUCAGCAGUACGGAGCGGUCGGCGUCUCCUUUCACAUCUGCAUUUCUCUCAUGUCUUUGGGAAUCUUCUACCUCGCUGUCUCCAGUGGUCUGGAUGUGGCGUCUCUGCUGUGUAAGCUGGGCUUCAGUGAGGCGGUGGUUCAGUCCCGGCUGGCUGCGGGUACGAGUGUGUUUGUUCUGGCGUACGCCGUACACAAGCUGUUCGCACCGCUGCGCAUCAGCAUCACUCUGGUGUGUGUGCCGCUCAUCGUACGACACCUCAGGAGGACGGGACUGUUCAGGAGCAGGACAUCGGGACCCUGAGACACACACACGUACACACAAAUACACAUAUGCAUACACACACGCUAACAGACUGAUGGAGAACAGGUGCAACACACUCACGCAUGUGCAUACACACACACUAACACACACUCUAACUAGCAGACUGAUGGAGACGAGUGGAAACAGGUGAAACACACACUCAUGCACACAUGCAUAUACACAUGCACACAAGCAAUUAUGUAUACACACACAAACGGACUGAUGCAGAUGGAUUGAAACUGGUGAAACACACAAACACACACACACACACACACAGACUGCUCAUCAGGACUCGUGAAUGUUUUAUCUGUGGUUUUAUCCUCCUCCUCCUCUUUAAUCAGCAGCAGGUUUUAUAAGCUCUUCAUCAGGAAUGUGGUGUGUGUUGGGUCGUCUUCAUUUAUUUAACAUUAAUCCGCUCCCUCAAACGGCCUUUCGGGAUGUUUUCUGGAUAUUUUUGCUGACUGUUAAUUUUAUUGAAGCUCUGAAUGUGUAUAAUUGUAAAGACAAUGAUAUAUUUGGCUAUAUCUAAUUAUACAAUAAAAUAUUUGAUCUAUAA